AUGUUUUUAGCGCGCGUCGUCACGUCGGUGAAGAUUCAAUGCGGCUGGGGUAUGCAAGAGAGCACGCGCCGCGAAGAGGCGGCAGCAAGUCGGCGCGCGAGAGAGCACGUGGUCUGCGAGGGCGCAGUUUCGCGGGGUGGCCGUGGAGUGCGGCCGACGGCGGGCGCUAUCAACCGAGCUGGGCCGACCGCCGCUGCCUCAUGUACAGCUGGUCGCGUCUUGUUCAGGUCGUCGUCGUCGUCGUCGUCGUCGUUGUUGUUGAACGCUGUGGGUCUGGCCGUGUGUGUUGUUGAGGUGUCAGCACUUGUGGAAGUACUGCUGUUGCGAUGCGCCAGCUGCUUGACCGCCUCCCAUCACCGUGCUGAUCAAUUGCCUAUUGUUGUUGUCCGGACCGAGGUGCUUCCAUCGUUCAUCGUCGUGCGGUGUAUUUUUUUCGUCGUUGGUUUUUACAUAUGGGCUUUCUUGCCGGUAAUUCGAGACAGGAAUUGA